AUGCAUAGAAAUCCGAGUUUUAGCGAAUAUACAAAUAAGGUCAUUGAACGACAUGAAUGGUGGCAGCAACGUCGAUCGAAGAUUACAUUCAUAUCGUUGGUUACUUUAAUUAUUUUUGUAAUUACUCUUUCUCUUCUGUUAAAAUUUGUAUUUCUUGCUCCGAAAAAGUCACAAACGAUUACAUCAACGACCACCGAACAACCACAACCUAUUUGCCAACUACCAUUCGGUUCAGUUGAUAGAAUAUUAGCUAAUUAUAGACCGGAAUGUAUCAUGUCAAAAGAUGUUAACAAUGAUAAUAAACCAGAUCUCGUGGUAACUAAUCCAAGCGACAAUAGUAUCACUGUAUUUCUUGGAAAUGGAAAUGGAACGUUUAGGGAUCAGACGACGUAUGAAGUUGGCUCCAAUCCAUCAUUUAUUGCUGCAGGUGAUUUUGACAAUGAUAACAGAUUAGAUCUAGCAGUGACUAAUUAUGAUGACAAUAAUCUUAGCAUCCUUUUUGGUAAAAGAGAUGGAACAUUUCAGAAUAAAAUCACUUAUACAGUUGCUGGUUCCCCGCAGUUUAUUAUUGUAAAUGACUUUAACAAUGACGAAAAAUUGGAUCUAGCAGUAACUAGUUUCAAUAACAAAAGCAUAAGUAUUUUGAUUAAUGAUGGAAAUGGAACAUUUCAGAAUCAGAUAAUUACUAUACUUAAUUUCGGUUCGAAGACUUUUGCCGCAGGCGACUUCAAUAAUGACAAAAACUUGGAUCUAGUAGUGGCGAAUCAUGACGGUGGAGAAAUUGGAAUUUUGCUUGGUAAUGGAAACGGAACAUUUCAAAAUCCAACAAUAUAUUUAGUUGGUAUUAAGCCAAUAUAUAUUGUAGUAGAUCAUUUUGAUCAUGAUAACAUAUUAGAUAUAGUAGUAACCAAUAGUGAUGGUAAUAGUAUCAGUUUAUUGAUUGGUAAUGGGGUUGGAACAUUUCAGAAUCAAACAGUUUAUAUGACUGGUCAAUAUCCAAUGUUUAUUACAGUUGGAGAUUUUAAUAAUGAUAAGAAACUGGAUUUAGUGGUGAUCAACGAGAAUGAUAAUAACAUUGGCUUAUUUCUUGGAAGUGAACAUGGAACAUUUCGAAGUCAAAUUAUUUAUACAUUUGGCUUCGGUCCAGUUACUGUUACGUCCGAUGACUUCAAUCAAGACCAUAAACUAGAUCUGGCAGUUACUGACCUAAGCGCGAAUAUUAUUCAUGUAUUAUUUGUCGCAGAUGAUUUCAAUUAUGAUACAAAACUUGACCUAGCAGUGGCACAUACCAAACAUAACCGUAUUAGUGUGUUACUCGAGGGAGAAAAUGGCUCCUUUCCAAAUCGAACAACCUAUUCAACUGGUAAUUCUUCGGGAUAUAUUGUAGUAGGUGACUUUAAUCUUGAUACAAAACUAGAUUUAAUAGUGGCUAACUUCGAUGAUACCACUUUAAGCAUUCUAUUCGGUAAUGGAGAUGGAACAUUUCGAAAUCAAACGAUAUAUUCGAUUAAUAUGUCUCCAGCACAUAUGGCUGUCGGUGAUUUUAACCAUGACAAUAAACUGGAUUUAGCAGUGACCUACUUUGAUGAAAAUUCUAUAAGUAUUUUGCUUGGAAAGGGUGAUGGAACAUUUCAUGAUUCAUUGACAUAUGAAUUUGAUGGCAGUCCAAUGGCUAUUAUUACAAAUGAUUUCAAUAAUGACAACAUCUUAGAUCUAGCAGUAGUCAAUUCUAAUGAAAAUACUGUAGACUUGCUUCUUGGUAACGGAAAUGGAACUUUUCAGAAUCCAAUUACGUGUUCAGUUGGCCUCAGUGUAUAUGCUAUUGUAGCAGGUGAUUUUAAUAAAGAUAAUAUAUUAGAUUUAGCUGUGACUAAUGAUGAGGAUAAAAGUAUCAGCACAUUUCUGGGUAACGGUGAUGGAACUUUUUCAAAUCAAACUAUAUACAACGUUGGUGAUGUUCCAUUUACUGUCAUAACGGCUGAUUUUAAUGAUGAUAGAAUAUUAGACUUAAUAUGUAACGACAUAAGCAAUACUAUGAGCGUUUUUCUUGGUAUUGGAGAUGGAACAUUCCAAAGUCAAACAGAGUAUACAAUUGGGCCAACUUCAACAUAUAUAGCUGCAGGAGAUUUCAAUAAUGAUGCUAAACUGGAUCUAGUAGUGGCGAACGGAGAGGAUGCUAGUAUAACUAUUGUUUUGAACCGCUGUUCGUAA